GUUGCUUCUCAAAGUGGAUGCUGUCCCUACCAUCAAGGUUUCUUCUAAAGCAUCUCAAACAGCCAGCAGCACCAGCAGAGACUGAGCAUUAUCAUGGGCUUCAGUGAGCAUGGAAGUCAACCGGAUGCAUUUGGACAAAGGAGAUGAAUGACUGUGGUCUAUCAUGGAACACAAUCUCCAGACAGGCAGAAGAUGGCCAACAGUGGUGCUCUUUCGUGGAAGCCUUAUGUUCCACAUAGGAACAAAGACGAUUAAGUAAAUGUGUCUUGGCGCUACCUGGAUGCCAGGUCUCCCCUCUCCCUGCUCCCCCAAGACCCUGGCUCCACAGAAACAGGAAAUGGCAGGCAUAGUGCCGAGGAAGGGCUGUGCUCCUCUGAUCCAGCUCUCCAAGCCAGCAGCAGUAGCACACCUAGACAGGACACUGGACCCUAAAUCAAACGUGAGGAAGCACAGAUUGCAAUCACUCAAGGUAUGUGUGUGUGUGCAUGCAUAUGUGUGUGUAUAUUUAUUCCAUUGUUGUGUGGCACCCUUUCCAUUCUCAUAAGCCUCAUAUGGCAGGUUGGCAAGAAGGACACUAUGUUGUGGUGUGUACUGUAACCCACUGGGUGAUGUGUACUGUAACCCACUGGGUGAUGUGUACUGUAACCCACUGGGUGAUGUGUACUGUAACCCACUGGGUGAUGUGUACUGUACCCUACUGGGUGAUGUGUACCGUAACCCACUGGGUGAUGUGUACCGUAACCCACUGGGUGAUGUGUACUGUAGCCUACUGGGUGAUGUGUACUGUAACCUACUGGGUGAUGUGUACUCUAACCCACUGGGUGAUGUGUACUGUAACCUACUGGGUGAUGUGUACUGUAACCCACUGGGUGAUGUGUACUGUAACCCACUGGGUGAUGUGUACUGUAGCCUACUGGGUGAUGUAUACUGUAGCCUACUGGGUGAUUUGUACUGUAACAUACUGGGUGAUGUGUACUGUAACCCACUGGGUGAUGUGUAUUGUAACCCACUGGGUGAUGUGUUCUGUAACCUACUGGGUGAUGUGUACUCUAACCCACUGGGUGAUGUGUACUGUAACCCACUGGGUGAUGUGUAUUGUAACCCACUGGGUGAUGUGUUCUGUAACCUACUGGGUGAUGUGUACUCUAACCCACUGGGUGAUGUGUACUGUAACCCACUGGGUGAUGUGUACUGUAACCUACUGGGUGAUGUGUAAUGUAACCCACUGGGUGAUGUGUACUGUAACCUACUGGGUGAUGUGUACUGUAACCCACUGGGUGAUGUGUACUGUAACCCACUGGGUGAUGUGUACUGUAGCCUACUGGGUGAUGUGUACUGUAACCCACUGGGUGAUGUAUACUGUAGCCUACUGGGUGAUGUGUACUGUAACAUACUGGGUGAUGUGUACUGUAACCCACUGGGUGAUGUGUAUUGUAACCCACUGGGUGAUGUGUUCUGUAACCUACUGGGUGAUGUGUACUCUAACCCACUGGGUGAUGUGUACUGUAACCCACUGGGUGAUGUGUACUGUAACCUACUGGGUGAUGUGUAAUGUAACCCACUGGGUGAUGUGUACUGUAACCCACUGGGUGAUGUGUAUUGUAACCCACUGGGUGAUGUGUACUGUAACCUACUGGGUGAUGUGUAAUGUAACUGUGUGGUGAAUCUCGAAGACAAGCUCUCCAUCUACAGUCCCCCUCCUUCCUCUUGUCACCCAGGACCAGGACUAAGCCAGGCAGGCAGCAUGGGAGGGCUGAGAUGUAAUUACCCAAUCAGUGUGUGCCAUCCCUAUUAAAAUAUUACUAGCAGUACUCUCUUAUUGAAAUAACCCCACCGGACUCCACUUCAUUCAUUCAAUAAAU